CUGCUUUCCUCCCUUGCUCUGUGCCUUCGGGAAAGAAGGAAGCUAGUAUUUACUACGUGCUUGCUCAGUAUCAGACUCCUCCCGGUGCUUUAAAUACUCUGUCAUCCUCCCAACCCGCUGUGACGUUGGGGGUUAUUAUCCCCAUUUCACAGAUAAGGAAGGGUCAGAGAGGUGAAGUGACUUGCCUAAGGUCACAGUGCAUCUGGGUGAGCAAGGGAAGGGCAGGGAAGGUGGGCUGGGCUGGGUUGGCAGAGGCCUGGCCUCCGGUUUUGUUUUGGUUUUUCCUUGACCCCGAGCAGCAGGCAGUUCAAGGUGUGCUGUGUGAGGGAGACAGCAGGCAGAGCCGUCUCCUGGGACUCGUGCGCCACCGCCUGAAACAUGGUGGCCAGGAACACGCUCUCUUCCUGUACACGCACCGGAGGAUGGCCAUUACCGGGGACGAUGUCUCUUUGGACCAGAUAGUGCCGGUCUCACGGGAUUUCACGCUGGAAGAAGUGUCCCUGGAUGGUGAACUCUACAUUCUCGGCUCAGAUGUGACUGUCCAGCUGGACACUGCAGAGCUCAGCCUCGUAUUCCAGCUACCUUUUGGUUCACACACCAGGAUGUUCCUCCAAGAAGUUGCCAGCGCCUGUCCAGGUUGCGACCCGGCGACCCCGGAUCCUGAAUUCCUGUGGCUGUCGGUAUACAGGUGCACCCGGCUGGAGCCCGAUCCGCCCACGCCGCUCGGUUGGAACUCCGCCCCGGGCCCCCGGCCGCCAUGCGCCGGAAUUGGCGGAGGCAGGUAUCCGUCUCGAAAGGGGCGGUGGAGAUUGGAGGAAGUGCCUGCGGGGGCGGUCUCAUUAUUGUUGGGGGGCGGGGCUAUGGAGAGUAUCGGCCUUCGAUUGGUGGAGGUGGCACGCGGGGGCGGGCCCUUCUGGGGGCGGAGCGGGCAGCGCGGGGGGCGGUGCGAGCGGCGUGAUGAAGAGCUUGAAGAAACUGGCUGGGAAAUGUCCGCCGCCUCAGGCUCUCGGGAGUGCGACUCUGCAGGUGUUUUUGACUUUGAUGAUUCAAGGUCAGAUGGGAAAGGCAUGCUUGUGGACCAAAGCUCUUGGGGUCAGGAUACAGCAGACAACUUGCUCACAAGACAGAAUAAAUCCAAGUCUGACAUCAUUAACAUGGUGCACUCCUCCACUAUCACAGUAUCAGACAAGGCUCAUAUUUUAUCAAUUCAGAAGUUCGGACUGCGAGAUACAAUAGUGAAAUCACAUCUGGUGCAGAGAGAAGAGGAUUAUACCUAUAUCCAGAACUUCAGGUUUUUUGUGGGAACGUACAAUGUGAAUGGCCAGUCCCCCAAAGAAUGCCUCCGGCCCUGGCUAAGCCAUGGCAUUGAGGCCCCAGAUGUGUACUGUGUAGGGUUCCAGGAGCUUGACCUGAGUAAGGAGGCCUUUUUCUUCCAUGAUACCCCAAAGGAAGAAGAGUGGUUUAAAGCUGUAUCAGAAGGUCUUCAUCCAGAUGCCAAAUACGCAAAGGUGAAGCUCAUCCGACUGGUCGGGAUUAUGCUGCUGUUGUACGUCAAACAGGAACACGCGGCGCACAUCUCCGAGGUGGAAGCUGAGACCGUGGGGACAGGAAUCAUGGGGAGGAUGGGCAACAAGGGAGGAGUGGCCAUCCGGUUCCAGCUCCACAACACCAGUAUCUGUGUCGUGAACUCUCACCUGGCAGCCCACACAGAAGAGUGUGAGAGGAGGAACCAGGACUAUAAAGACAUCUGUUCUCGAAUGCAGUUUUGUCAGGCUGACCCAAGCCUCCCCCCUCUCACCAUCAGCAAGCACGAUGUGAUCUUGUGGCUGGGGGACCUCAACUACAGGAUAGAAGAGCUGGAUGUGGAAACGGUGAAAAAGCUCAUCGAGGAGAAAGCCUUCCAGACGCUGUAUGCAUAUGAUCAGCUGAAAACUCAGGUCACGGCCAAGACUGUCUUCGAAGGCUUCACUGAAGGCGAGCUCACGUUCCAGCCCACGUAUAAGUAUGAUACUGGCUCCGACGACUGGGACACCAGUGAGAAGUGUCGUGCUCCUGCCUGGUGUGACCGGGUCCUCUGGAAAGGGAAGAACAUCACUCAGCUGAGUUACCAGAGCCACAUGGCCCUGAAGACCAGUGACCACAAGCCUGUCAGCUCAGUGUUUGACAUUGGGGUGAAGGUGGUCAAUGAAGAACGUUACCGGAAGACUCUGGAGGAGAUUGUUCGCUCCCUGGAUAAGAUGGAAAAUGCCAACAUUCCUUCUGUGUUCCUUUCUAAGCGAGAGUUCUGUUUUCAGAAUGUGAAGUACAUGCAGUUACAAGUACAGUCCUUUAUAAUCCAUAAUGGACAAGUGCCAUGUCAGUUUGAGUUCAUCAACAAGCCUGACGAAGAGUCCUACUGUAAGCAGUGGCUGAAUGCCAACCCCAGCAGAGGCUUCCUCCUGCCAGAUUCUGCCAUUGAGAUCGAACUGGAGCUAUUUGUAAAUAAGACCACGGCUACAAAGCUCAACUCAGGUGAAGACAAAAUUGAAGACAUUCUGGUUUUGCACUUGGACAGGGGAAAGGAUUACUUUUUGUCCGUGACAGGGAACUACCUGCCCAGCUGUUUUGGAUCUCCCAUCCAUACACUGUGCUACAUGAGGGAGCCAAUCUUGGACCUGCCGCUUGAAACUAUUAGAGAGCUGACUCUGAUGCCACUACAGACUGAAGAUGAUGGGAUCCAGUUGGAGAACCCCAUGGGGAUCCCCAAAGAGCUCUGGAUGAUGGUUGAUUACCUGUACCAAAAUGCUAUCCAGCAGGAAGAUCUGUUUCAGCAGCCAGGCCUGAGGUCAGAAUUUGAGCAUAUCAGGGACUGUUUGGAUACUGGAAUGAUUGAUGCCCUCUCCGCCAACAAUCAUUCUGUGGCUGAAGCCCUGCUGCUUUUCCUGGAGAGCCUGCCAGAGCCUGUCAUCUGCUACAGCGCCUACCAUAACUGCUUGGAGUGUUCUGGCAGCUACACAGCAAGUAAACAGGUCAUUUCUACCCUCCCCACAUUCCACCAAAAUGUCUUCAACUACUUGAUGGCGUUUUUGCGAGAAUUACUGAAAAAAUCAGCAAAAAAUCAUUUGGAUGAGAAUAUUCUAGCUAGCAUAUUUGGCAGCUUACUGCUUCGAAACCCAGCUGGUCACCAAAAGCUUGACAUGGCAGAGAAGAAGAAGGCUCAAGAAUUUAUUCACCAGUUCCUCUGCAACUUACCCUGAGCCUAUCUCCUCUCCUAUUUUAUUUGAGGCAGCCGAUUACCAGCCCCACCUGUUUCAGAUCAAGAAGAUAUGAGGGUUCUUGGAAGCAAAAGCGGCAGCUGCCUGUUUUCCUGAGCCCAGACCCCCCCAACCCCCCGUUGCUGUCACACUCAUUGGUACUGUGAGUCGUGAAGACCUGGGGGGAAUCCACCACAAUAAAACUGACAGUCAGUGUUCAGCUUUAGUUAUUUAACACAGAUCUAUUUUUAAAAAUUUUAAAGAUGUUUAAAUAACUGUACUUCUUGUGCUCACUCAGCCAGCCUUCCUCCAGGGCAUUGUCAGUGCCUUCCCUGUAGCCUGGGCCGAGCUCCCCAUGAUCAGAUAUUUGAACAAACUUUGGGGUCCUGAAGGGAGAAUGAAUUGGACAGCAAGAAUGCAAAUGGGAUCUGCUGGGUAAACAGGUCACAGCCACCCCAGAUGCUUCCAGUUCUCUAAGCGCAUGUGUAUAUGUAUGUACAAAGCCUACCCCCCUUCCUACUCAGAUGUGGCUCAACAGCUCUGGGGCUGGCACUCAGCCUCUGAGGGCAAUACAGUGGCUUGAAAAUGAAAAUACUGAAGAAAUUGGUGUUGUGGUGAAACAAAUGGGAUUUUCUGGGUCAGCAAAUCCUCUAAACUGUAUAUGAUGCAUCCCCUUUCUCAUAUGUGUAAUAUAUUUUAAUGAUAAAUGUAUUUUUAACAGUG